UUGCAUAAACAUGGAGAGGCCGGUGGUCUCUGCCUACCCUUCUGGGUUACGGGCGUGAGAUUUUAUUAAGUUUUAAAAAAGUAGCCUGCUUCUUGAAAGGUCAUGUUGCCAUGGCAGCGUCGACUGUUUUUGAAUUAAAUUAUGCAUAAGACAUCGCACCAAAAUUGUUAGAUCAAUACUUUUAUUUACUUAAGGACAUCGUAAGAAGUCUUAAAAAUACAAAUUUAUCUAUAUAUUAAAUAGGACACAUUUAUGAGUAUAAGCUUGAAGAAUUCUGUGAAAUUGAUAGCUAAUUGCACUUUAUUGUGUACCUAUUUUUGAGAAUAUUUUCAGGAAUUUUUUUUUAAGUGCUCUAGUCAAAAUAUGAACAGGGAUAUUGUUAAUUUGCGAAAUUAUUUUAACAAGCUUAAUUUACGGAAUGAAAUUUGUAUUAAGAAUGCUAUGAAAAAAAUAGAAAGUUGUAAACCAAACUUGAGGAAAGAAAUCUCGAAAUAUGAAGAUCUCGAAAAUGAAAUAUUUGGUUUCAAUAGCGACAAUUCUGACGAUUUAAUUGUAAAACAUGAUACCAGUUUUAAACCGCAAAUAAAGCCACAGAAACGUUCCAAUAACGUAAGCAAUAAAAUGAAGCAAAGAAAAGAUAAUAUCGAUAUUAGUGCAAUGAGCAAAAAGAGAAAAAUCACUCAGGAUAAUAAUUUAGAACAAAGUUAUUCAUCUAACGAAAUCAAGUGUGUAAAUAACGAUUUAGAUUUUAAUUAUAAUGUUAAGACCCAAAAUAUAGACGACACUAUAAAAUCUGAAAGCAAGAUUAACGAACAUCGUACUGAUCUCGAAUCUCUUUUAAUUAUGAUGGCUAUUGAUUCGAACGUUGAAAAAGACAAUAAUGAAAAGGACGAUAUUUCUUUCGCUAGUUAUCAAAGAAACAAUUUAGAUGUGGAAACUAAGAAUGAUAAUAAUCGAAUUCCUAUUACAAUGGAAAUGGAGAACGGUAAAAUAUCAGAAGUAUUAUGUAUUAUUCCGUUUAGAACCGAAGCCCAGAAUAGACAUAAUUUUUUGGGGAAGAAAUAUUUCAAAAAAUGGAAAAUUUACGCCGAUACAAGGAGACAGAUAAAAGAAAGAGAAAUUGCUAUUAAUAAGUUUUUCGAUAAACUGACAGAGAAGAAGAAUAGUUCAAAACAAUCAAUUGAAUCUGUUAAUAAAACAAAAUUACACGUUCGAGACUAUAACACCUAUCAACACAGGUACAAAGUGCAGCAAAACAUAAUCGCUUUACAAAAGAUGAAAUUAGACGAACAAAAUAAAAUUAUAGAACAACUUAAAUGUAACAAAAUUAUUGAAUCAUCUAAGCAAUCGUUGGAAUCAAUGCGAGACGAAAUUUGUAAAACGUAUUACCAAAUUGAUCGACAACUCAAACCGAAGAUCAAAUGUUUAACAAACGAAUUAAAGAUUCGGGAAAUAGAAGAACCAUCAUUAGUGCUUCACUGUUUAAAAGUACCGCAAUUUAUACAACGUAUGGAGUAUAGGGCAAGAGAACGCGAGGAAAAACAUGCCAUGAUUCGAGAGAGACGACGGCAGAUGGAAGAAGAACGCCUUAGGCUGAAACAACAGUCUGAAUUGGCUAAAGCCGAAAUGGAUAAAGAAGAAAAAUUGAAAAGAAUGAAAGAAUUAAAAGAGAAACGAAAGAAGGAAAAAAUAGAAAACAUAAGGAAGAAACAACACGCUGAAAGAAUGAGGGCUCUUAUUGUGAUGGCGGAUCUACAUUAUGAAAAAAAUUUGAUGGCAAAGUAUGGAAUUAAUCCAUUAAGGAAGCUAAUGGCAAUAAAACAAGAUAAUAUGGAAAAGGCUAAAGCACAUUACCUUUUCCAAAUUAAGAAGAAUGUAUUUUUGCAUUGGAUGUGGCAUACAGAAGAUAUGUGGUUGGAAAGAAAUUAUAUAGCGGAAGAUUUUUAUAGAAAGAAAAUUUUACGCAAAACGUUCGACUCUUUUAAACAGAACUAUCGUGAUUAUAAAUUAAAACUUCAAGUUGCCGAAGAUUAUUCUGAUUUAUACGUAUCGCAGUUAGUAUUUCGUGAAUUUCGUAAAGGGAUAGAAAUGAUUAAAAAAGAGUAUCAGAUGAAAUGGUACAAAGCUGAAAUAUAUCAUAAUAGUAAUAUACUUUUUAAAACAUUUACAUGUUGGAGAGCAUUACCCGCUUUGAACGCUUUAAUAAGAGAACAAGAGGCCAGAAAAUUAAGAUGGCGGGAAAAAGUGUUGCAAGUUGUACCAGAUUAUAAACCACCCGAAGAGUAGUUAAGUAAA